ACGUGUCUAAAUUCAGAUUUGAACUCUGGGUUCCUGACUGCAGGCCUGGUGCUUCCUUCUCUGUGUUACCAGCUGCCUCUAAUGUCCAGAAAAUGGAAGCUGUGGGAUGUGGCCAUCCUGUUGUGAAGGAGGCAACAAAAUCAGGAUCUUCUCAUUCCAGAUUGCUUGCAUGGCCUUCUUUCCCCUCUGCUGUCUUCCCCUGGCAAUAAGCACCCUGAAAACCAUUUUUCAGUUCUCCUUUUAAUCCCCCAGUGGGCCUUACACCCCAGCCCUAUCUCAGUGGGAAUAAUGACAAGUUUCAAGGCUCACACUCACUAUCUUCCCCCUCCCAGGACUUCCAGUUCCCAGAGAAGAUUUCAUCUCCCAUGUGGAGAGAGGAGGCCUGAGGAACUCUUGUCCUGAUGCAGAGACAUGGUUUGAUAUGAAGGAGAUGAGUGCAAAUCUGGAAAUGAUCUCAUGGAAAGACCUUUUUGAAUAUAGGGCUGUUGUUGUUCAACAGAAAAGAAACUACAUUGGAGAAGAACACUGUGAAUGGAAUACACACAAAAAAACUUUAAGAAAGAGUUCCAGUGUUUCUCAAGAUAAGAAUAUACAUCCUGAAGAGAAAACACCUGAGUGUCAUCAAUGUGAUAAAGCUUUUCUUGUGCUCUCUUCCCUUGCCAAGCAUCAGAGAAUCCAUGCUGGAGAGAAACCUUAUGAAUGUAAGAAACGUGGAAAAACUUUGAGAGAGCGAUCUUCUACUGCUAAACAUGAGAGAAUUCACAAAGAAAAACAAUCUUACAAAUGUAAUCAAUGUGGAAAGGAUUGCCAGUGUUAUUCCAAAUUGGUUGAACAUCAGAGAAUCCACACUGGAGAAAAACCUUUUGAAUGUAAUCAGUGUGGAAAGAAUUUCAGAUGCAAAUCUAAACUUACUCGACAUCAGAAAAUCCACACUGGAGAGAAACCUUAUGAAUGUAACCAAUGUGGAAAGACUUUCAAACAUAGAUCUAGUCUUGCUGAACAUCAUAGAAUCCACACUGGAGAGAAGCCUUUUGAGUGUAAUGACUGUGGAAAGGCUUUCGCAUAUCGCUCCUAUUUUAAUGCACAUAAGGGAAUCCAUACUGGAAAGAAGCCUUAUGAAUGUAAUGACUGUGGAAAGAUUUUCAUAUCACUCUUCAGUUUUGUUGUCCAUCAGAGAAUCCACACUGGAGAGAAGCCAUAUGAAUGUAAGCAAUGUAGAAAGGCUUUCAGAACAUACUCCCAUCUUGCUAACCAUCAGAGAAUCCACACUGGAGAGAGGCCUUAUGAAUGCAAGCAAUGUAGAAAGGCUUUCACAACACACUCCCAUCUUGCUAACCAUCAGAGAAUCCACACUGGAGAGAAGCCUUAUGAAUGUAAUGAAUGUGGAAAGAUUUUCACAUAUUCUUCCAGUCUUUCUAAACAUCAGAGAAUUCACACUGGAGAGAAGCCUUAUGAAUGUAAUGUAUGUGGAAAGGCUUUUACACAAAGGUCCCAUGUUGAUGUGCAUCAGAGAAUCCACACUAGAGAGAAGCCUUAUGAAUGUAAUGAGUGUGGAAAGAUUUUCACAUGUUCUUCAGGUCUUGGUAAACAUCAGAGAAUUCACACUGGAGAGAAGCCUUAUGAAUGUAAUGAAUGUGGAAAGGCUUUUGCACAAAGCUCCCAUGUUGAUGUCCAUCAGAGAAUCCACACUAGAGAGAAGCUUUAUGAAUGUAAUGAAUGUGGAAAGACUUUCAAAUAUUGCUCCAGUUUUGCUAAACAUCAGCGAAUCCACACUGGAGAGAAGCCUUAUGAAUGUAAUGAAUGUGGAAAGAUUUUCAAAUAUUCUUCCAAUCUUGCUCAACAUCAGAAAAUUCACACUGAAGAGAAUCCUUAUGAAUGUAAGCAAUGUAGAAAGGCAUUCACAAAGCGCUCCCAUCUUGCUGCCCAUCAGAGAAUCCACACUGGAGAGAAGCCUUAUAAAUGUAAUGACUGUGGAAAGGCUUUUACACACCGCUCCAAUGUUAAUGUUCAUCAGAGAAUCCACACUGGAGAGAAGCCUUAUGGAUGUAACAAAUGUGGAAAGACUUUCCCAUAUUGCUCCAGUCUUGCUAAACAUCAGAGAAUCCACACUGGAGAGUAGCCUUAGGAAUAUAACAAAUGUGGAAAGGCUUUCAUACAAAAUAGCAAUCUUACUUCCCAUCACAGAAUCCACACUGGAGAGAAGCCUUCUGAAUGUAGUGACUAUGGAAAGACUUUCAUAUGAUGCAAUAGUCUUGGUAAACAUGACAAAAUCCACAUUGGACAGAAACCUCAUGAAUGUGAAAACCUUCAGGCAAAGCUUAAAUGUUGUUUAACAACAGAGAGUGCACGUUAGGGGAAAACUUUUGAAUGUCUGGAUCAUGGUAAAGUUUUCAAAAUAUAUUAGUCCUUGAGUACACAUGGAUAAUCCUAUACUACAUGUAAAACCUCAUUCAUAUAAUUCACGUGGAAAAACAUCCAGCCUCACUUCAUCCCUGAAUUGUCUCCAGAAAAUUCCUAGAAGAUUGCAAUCAUGGAUAAAGACAUAAAGAUGGAGGACAGAGCUUGUUAGUCAGCAGGGAUUUUCUGCUUGGGAAGAAAUCUCCUCUGGACUUGGCAUGGGAAGGUCUUUAGCCCAGGUUCAUCUCUGAGUUUGCAUCUCAGGAUACUGAGUGGAGAGAAGACUUACAAAUGUGCUGAAGGAAGACGUGCCCUUACCUGGAACAUAAGGGUCAGUAUAAAUCACAAUAUUCACCCUGGAAAGGAGCAUUAUACAAAAUGUAUUUGCAGAAAGGCUUUUACCUGGAUCUCAUUUGUGUAGAAAUCUUGCUGCAGAUGAAACAUGUGAAUAUAAUGAAUGAGGGAAGGCUUCUUCCUACAGCACAGAUCUCAUUAGACAUUGCAAUUUUAUACUUUGUAUAAAGGUCAGAAAAAAGAUUGGAGUUUUUCUCUAAAAUCCCAAGAUUGGUGUCCAAAGAAGCGUCUCCAUUUUGACCUUACCUUGCUAAAUUGUAUCAGGUGGGUUCCUGGGGAAGUGAGGCCUUUUCAGGAAGCUUACCCCCAGAAGAGUGCCAUAGUUUAGAGCUGCAGUUCUAGAAAAACUCUUUCCCUUGUACCCUUACUUUGUCUUGAAGAAACCAUUUUGCCACAUCAGUUAACUUUGCAAUGUAUAGAUACUGUUCUUAAGUCGAGUGGGUUCCUAUGACACAUUGUGAGCCCUUAUAUAAAGUCCAGGAUAGCUGGAGUCCACUGUGUGGUAAAAUUGCUCAGUCCAGAGUGUAAAAAAUCCUGCUCCGUCACCU